ACAUCCGGCGGCGGCGGCGGCGGCGGUGCUGAGUUUUGUCUCCCGGGCCGUCGGGGCGCGCACGGGUGUCCCAGGUGUCCCGCCAUCUCCCUCCUUCCCGCAGGACUCGCCCCUCCUGGCCCUGGGCUCCAACGGUGCCCGCCUGCCCGGCGGUCAGUCAGCGCACAGGGCACGGCUUCCUCUGCUUCUCCGGACCACUUAGUCUCAACCCGGGCGUGUUUCCACUUAUAGAGGUGAAGCAUCCAUCAGAGAGAGAAUGGGACCUGGGGUCUUGGACCACGGUGUUUUUACUUUUCCCAUCAGGUGGACGCGCAUGGGCAGGAGAUUUUAUUUGCAAUGUUUCCUCCUAGAGGAUGCCUUUGUCAUUGUAGUGCAAUCUAAGAAUGGGUGUCCUUAGACAACAGGGACCGACCGAAUCGUCAUGCAACUGUUUGGAUGCCUUAAAAAAAAAAUAAAUCCCCACACUCAUUACGCGUUUUAUGCUGCUGACUUUUUUUAUUUUUAAGACAUCUGCUCCCGAAAGCUCAGAGCCAUUUAGCAUUUCAUUUACUAAACGAAUCCUAAUCUUUCCUGUGACUGGAUCAGUUCAGAGGAUAUCUUUUCAAUAAGGAAGGAAGCCCUCCCCUGCUCACUGGGGACGUCUCAGGAUGUUUAAACCUGAAGAUUUACUCUUGUGCACAGAGCCUGGAAGCAUUUGCGUGAGGCAGUGCCGUGCUUUUUUGGGAAAUGCAUCACAUCUUUUCUGUUCUUGAAACGCCAAAUCUAACUUGGUCUUUUUUUGGAUGAGUUACCUCCAGUAUUAUGAAGGUUACUAUGAAGGAACCUGAGACCACUGAACUUUUUGAGUUCUUGCGAUAGAUUUUAAAUCGUUUUUCUGGCUUCAACUCUGACUUUAGGAUCACUGUCAAUCGGCUACAUUCUUUACUCUCUUCUCCUUAUAAUUUAAUGCAAUUUAUCUGUUAAUGAAAUAUGACUGACGACUCUCAGAGAAACUUUCGUUCAGUAUAUUAUGAGAAAGUGGGGUUUCGUGGAGUUGAAGAAAAGAAAUCAUUAGAAAUUCUCCUAAAAGAUGACCGUCUGGAUACAGAGAAACUUUGUACUUUUAGUCAGAGGUUCCCUCUCCCGUCCAUGUACCGUGCAUUGGUAUGGAAGGUGCUUCUCGGAAUCCUGCCUCCACACCAUGAGUCCCAUGCCAAGGUGAUGAUGUAUCGUAAGGAGCAGUACUCGGAUGUCCUUCAUGCCCUGAAAGUCGUUCGCUUUGUUAGUGAUGCCACACCUCAGGCUGAAGUCUGUCUCCGCAUGUAUCAGCUGGAGUCUGGGAAGUUACCUCGAAGUCCCUCUUUUCCACUGGAGCCAGAAGAUGAAGUAUUUCUUGCUAUAGCUAAAGCCAUGGAGGAAAUGGUGGAAGACAGCGUCGACUGUUACUGGAUCACCCGACGCUUUGUGAACCAAUUAAAUACCAAGUACCGGGAUUCUUUACCCCAGUUGCCAAAAGCGUUUGAACAAUACUUGAAUCUGGAAGAUGGCAGACUGCUGACUCAUCUGAAGAUGUGUUGCGCGGCGCCCAAACUUCCUUAUGAUCUCUGGUUCAAGAGGUGCUUUGCGGGAUGUUUGCCCGAAUCCAGUUUACAGAGGGUUUGGGAUAAAGUUGUGAGUGGAUCCUGUAAGAUCCUAGUUUUUGUAGCUGUCGAAAUUUUAUUAACCUUUAAAAUAAAAGUUAUGGCACUGAACAGUGCAGAGAAGAUAACAAAGUUUCUGGAAAAUAUUCCCCAGGACAGCUCAGACGCGAUCGUGAGCAAGGCCAUUGACUUGUGGCACAAACACUGUGGAACCCCGGUCCAUUCAAGCUGAACGCACCUGCUGGUUGUGGACCGUCUGCCAGGCCCACCCUGAGCGUUGUGUUCUUGGCAUGUGAUCUGGGAAACUGAUUGAAUAAUACACUUUUCUUGCUCUGGUGCUCACAGUGGUUUUUUUUUCCCCCCAAUAAAAUUAUUUAAUUGAAA